AUGGUCAAUGUUGCUGUGGCUGGAGGUACUGGCGGCGUCGGUCGGACGAUUUUGGAUAUUAUCAGUACUACCGACAAGCAUCAGGCAUUUGUACUCUCACGGAAGUGUAUUGAGAAUGACGACGAUGUCAUCCAGGUUGACUACAAUAACAUUGACCAGCUUGUUGCGGUUCUGGAGGCGAAGAACAUCCACACCAUCAUCUGCUGUUUUGCCGUCGAGGGCAAUUCCCUUGCUGACUCUCAACUGUGCCUUAUCCAAGCGGCUAUUCGAUCAACGGCUACUCGACGCUUUGUGCCUACGGCAUAUGCAAUUCCAUAUCCACAGGAGGCUCUUCAAGUCUUGCCUCAACUCAAGGACUACUUUAAAGCAAUUGAGUUACUGAAAGAAUCGGACUUGCAAUGGACAGUCUUCUUAAACGGUAUCUUCCUUGACUACUUCGGCCCUCCGGAGCUCAAAUCCCAUUUGAAGGCAAACGUGUUUGUACUUGACAUGAAGAACCAUGUUGCUGCAAUCCCCGGAGAUGGCAACGCUCCUGUUACCUUCACUUACAGCUACGACCUUGCAAGAUUUGUGGUCGCCGCACUUGAUUUAGAAGAGUGGCAGGAAGAGAGCCGAGUAGUGGGAGAUACGGUAACUUGGCAUGAGUUUGUUGCGAUAGCGGAAGAGAUCUGUGGUCAGUAUCUUCAUCACUGA